AUGCCUGAACGACCACAGUUUCCUCCUCGGCCGGCUCAGCCUCCAGGGCCAACUGUCCUGAAUUACUCUCCGGAUGGCUCCCGCCUCAACGUGGCCGGCUGCGGGAACUUUGCUCGAUCAUAUCGGACAAAUCACAAUGGCGAGCCCGACAUGAUAGUCGACACCCAUGAGGACACUCUCGCGAUCGCGUCGGGUGACGACUUUGUUCUUUUGGGGUGCGAGGAUGGGACUGUCACCGAGUACAAGGUUCCUAGCGGAGAUCUUGAGCGCAUGGUGGUCCGCUUCACGCUCCCUGUGCGUGCUUUGGCGCUGUUAAAGAACGACGAGUGGGCUGCAGCAGCAAGCGACGAGGUGGAGGUCAAGUUGAUCAACAGACUGAACACCGAGCAAACAAUCACGCUCAACGAACAUCCGAAACCUAUCAAGCACCUCUCCGUGUCUCCAGACGGCAAAUACCUCGCAGCGUCGUGCACGAACGGCGUCAUCUACCUUUACGAUGUCUCCAGUCUCCCCGAACGGCCCACGCUGUUCAAAUCGGUUGAUGGUGUUGCUCGCCAAUUAGAGACAACAGAUGAUGCCUCGAGUGAGGCUGUCUGGCACCCUGAUGGAAGAGCUUUUGCCUGUGCCACAUCGUCUAGAGAGAUUCAGGUCGUCUCAGUCUCUGAUGGCGCGUUCCAACGAACCUUCAAGGGCGCUCAUGCAGGAGAUGUCACCGCACUGGCAUGGUCGUCAAACGGCGCUCUUCUAGCAAGUGCUGCUACUGACGACUAUCUUGUGAUCUGGGACACAAAAUCGCAGAGUCUUCUGCGGAAGCACAACUACGAGAAGAUCUUACAGCUUGCAUUUCACCCAGGCACCGAAAACAUCCUCAAUUGGACAAACAGCUGGGGCGAGUGCAGUAUUCAGCCCAAUUUCUUCCAGGAUGCGCACCUGUCCCUGCUGAAAGGGCCCAAAGUUAGAGCGCCAUUUUUCCACGAUCCACUUGACGACAAGCCGGUAACGAAUGGCGUCAAUGGCCACGCACACAAGCGACGAGCAGCCACCCCAGACUCACUCGAUGAACUGCUUGGCGAAGAUCCCGCAGACACAGGUGCGGACCUGGACGAUUGGAUCGAAGACGACGACAAUGCUGGAUACACAAACGGAGUGAAUGGCAAUGGGAAGAGGACGAAUGGACACGCUCAUCUCGACUUUCCUCCCACGAAACGCACACAUUACUCCUCCUUUGCUCCAGAAGUCCACCCUCCUUUUCAACCCUCACAAACACCAUGGCGAGGCAACCGGCGCUAUCUGACACUCAAUCUUUUGGGCUUCGUCUGGUCCGUCGACCACGACACCCACCGAACAGUCACAGUCGAGUUUUUCGAUCGCGAAGAAUACCGCGAUCUUCACUUCACAGACUACUUCGGCUACGACAAAGCUUGCUUGACCGAACACGGCUCACUCUAUGCCUCAGCUGCGAAAGAUGGCAACGGUGGCAUCAUCUUCUACCGACCUCACGAAACAUGGGUCACACGAUCUGAUGGCGGCAAUGGAAGCCGCCUGCAACUACCUAACGGCGAAGAAGCCACCAGCAUUGCUCUGGGAAAACGCUACAUUGUUGCAACCACAAAUUUUGGCUACGUUCGCGUUUGGACUCUCUUCGGCACGCCGGUGCGUGUCUGGCGGAUCAAGAAUGGCCCAGCAGUGACGUGUGCUGCAUGGGGCGACUUCGUCUUGACCGUCGGCAAUGGCCCAGUCGGCAGCGAUGGACGAAGCAAGCUGGUGUACAGCAUCGAGGACUUGCGCAAUGACGAGACGUUGCAGUGUGAGGAUUUUGUGGCUCUUUCCGACUCAGAAGAUGCCGACGAGUGGGGUCUCCAAUCACUUUUCUGGUCCGACGAGGGUGACCCAUGCAUCUACGAUAAGGCUGGCGUCCUGCUCACGCUUCUACAUUGGCGCACACCCAAUCAGGCCAAAUGGACGCCCUUACUAGAUACAAACCGGCUCGAACGACUACGCGACGGCCGGAAGGAGGAGCGAUACUGGCCUGUAGCCGUCGCAGGUGAACGCUUUCACUGCGUCAUCCUCAAGGGCGGCGAGACGAGCCCGUACUUCCCUCGACCACUUUUGACAGAAUUCGAGUUCGAGAUCCCAGUAGGACGGAUAGUAGAAGACGAGUCCGGUGCAAUGGACGAAGACGGCGAGCCAACAAGUGAGUCGAAUGCAAAGGCAGGCGCAAGACUCGAAGAAUCAUUCGUUCGGCACACAUUGCUUCUGGAAAUGCUGCGGGAUUCCGUGGACGCACAGGGCGAGCACGCAAGCUAUACACUGAAGACCGAGUUGGCAAGGAGAGAGAUCGAGGUCGAUAAGGUGCUUCUGCAGCUGCUGGCUGUGGAAUGCAGAGAAGGCGAGGAUAGAGGCAUGAAGGCGCUUGAAGUCGUGAAGCUGAUGCGCGACCGUACUGGACGUAUGCUCGAGGCUGCUGGGAAGGUCGCGCAGAGGUGGGGCUUUGGUGUGCUAGAGGAGAAAGUGAGGGAGGUGGCGGAGAAACGAGUCGGAGGUGUAGAAGAACUAUAA